UAUAAGAGAUCCCCUUCAUUCUCUUCGCGUUUCCCAGUGAUUCGUACUAUCUCGACUAUUUGCAGGGAGAUCGUCAAUCGAGACUGAGUAGAACUCGAUCUUGUUAAGGACGUUAUGUCGCUGGGACGUGUGCUGGGGGUUGCUUUGAAUGUGAGCAGAGCCUCCAAGGGAUUUCAGCCAAGGUUACAGCAGCCAAUGAUGCGGAUGAUGAGCUCUUUGUCUGCUGAGUUUGAGCAAGCUAAGGCCAAACUGAACAGUCUGCCAGAGGACCCUGGCAAUGAGGCCAAACUCAAGAUCUACGCGCUGUUCAAGCAGGCCACCCAGGGCCAGGUGUCCACCAGCCGUCCGGGCAUGAUGGACUUCGUGGGCCGCGCCAAAUGGGACGCCUGGAACGCUCUGGCGGACAUGACCCAGGAGGACGCGCAAAAGGCGUAUGUGGAUCUGGUGAAUGAGCUGGCGGGAGCGUCGUCCAGUGCGGCACCUGCCGCCGAGCCGGGCAAGUAUAAGUACAUCGAGUCAACGCUGGAGGGCGGACUGCGGAUAAUCAAAUUCAACCGUCCCGCGAAGAAAAAUGCGUUCCUUAAAGAGUCGUACGACGAGAUCGCGGCGGCGCUGCAGGAGGCGGCCGACGACCCCAAGACGGUAAUAACGGUCACCACAGGCGCCGGCGACUUCUACAGCAGCGGCAACGACCUGAGCAACUUCACCAACAUCCAGGGCGACAUUAAGGACCUAGCCAAGGAGUCUGGCAAACUGCUCAACCGGUUUGUGUCGGCCUUCAUCGACUUCCCGAAGCCACUGGUGGCGGUGGUGAACGGCCCGGCCAUUGGCGUCUCGGUCACACUGAUGGGCAUGUACGACGCCGUGUACGCCACCGACCGCGCCACCUUCCACACGCCGUUCUCCAGCCUGGGCCAGUCGCCGGAGGGCUGCUCCAGCUACACCUUCCCCCAGAUCAUGGGACCUGGCAAGGCGGCCGAGAUGCUGCUGUUUAACAAGAAGCUGACGGCGCACGAGGCGGAGCGGGUCGGCCUGGUCACCGAGGUGCUGCCCGCCGACGCUUUCCACCAGGAGAUCUGGGCCCGGCUGCGCCAGCACGCCGAGCUGCCCGUCAAGUCGCUGGUGUACAGCAAGGCGCUCACCCGCGACCGCGAGAGGCAGCUGCUGCACGAGGUCAACGACAUUGAGUGCGACCGGCUGGUCGAGCGGUGGACCAGCGACGACUGCGUCAACGCCAUCAUGAAGUUCUUCUCGGCCAAGUCCAAAAUGUGAUCGGCCCCGGCCGGCCGGUGACCAUCUGGGGGCGUGCAGUAGUCAAGCGUGAGAUGCUGCGGCCGUCCCCACAGGCCUGGACUGAUACUUAUGGCGUAGUGACGUCUGCGCCGCACCCGCCGUGGUGCUGGCUGUACGUGUGUGGGUUCGGGGGUCGGGGACAGUGCUGGGACUCGGGGCUUCGCAGUUUGGUAUCGAUUAUCCUCUAUUGAGGAGGUAUGGAAGAAACUUGUGAUCUACCCGAUGGUUAUCAAUGCAAGAGUUACGUUUUACUGUUGAGAUCGUGAACGCAACAUUCGAUUGUCCCGAUGUAUAUAAAUAUAUGCCUGUGAGCCACGGAU